AUGGCUUGUCAGCAGAGAAGCCCAUUCUGGCUUAUAACUGCUCACUUAAGGAGUAAAUCCACAUAUAACAUGUAUUUGGCACUUAACAAGAAGAUAGCAGAAACUGAUGGAUACAGUAGCAUCUAUGCAAUAUCAGAUGCACAAAGAAAUAGCCAGCAGAAGGCUGAGAAUCAGGAUGAGGAAAGCAAGCAUUAUUAUAAAUACACAAAUCCUGGGACCAAUACGGGCUGGGCAGAUGCCAUGGCUAAAGUUCUCAACAAGAAAACUCCUGAAAGUAAACCUACUAUUCUGGUCAAAAAUAAGAAGCUGGAAAAGGAAAAAGAAAAGUUAAAGCAAGAAAGACAAGAGAAAAUAAAACAGCGUGAUAAGAGGAUGGAGUGGGAAAUGAUGUGCAGAGUAAAGCCAGAUGUUGUCCAAGACAAGGAGACAGAGAGAAAUCUUCAGAGAAUUGCAACGAGGGGUGUGGUGCAGUUAUUUAAUGCUGUUCAGAAACAUCAAAAGAACGUUGAUGAGAAGGUUAAAGAAGCUGGAAGCUCUAUUAGAAAGCGAACUAAGUUGAUAUCAACUGUUUCCAAGAAAGAUUUUAUCAGUGUUUUGAGAGGAAUGGAUGAAAGUACAAAUGAGACUACCUCAAGCAAGAAGAAACCAAAAGCCAAACAGACUGAAGUGAAAUCAGAAGAGGGCCCAGGUUGGACGAUCCUACGUGACAAUUUCAUGAUGGGAGCAUCUAUGAAAGACUGGGACAAGGAAAGUGAUGGGCCAGAUGACAGCAGGCCAGAAUCUGCAAGUGACUCUGAUACAUAAAGCACCACAGGAAAUACAAUCAUCAUUUUAUUUUUUCUAGAAAAAUAUUUCAUCCCCUGAUAGUUGGGGAAUUAUAAGGAUACCAAAAGUCAAAAGACUUUGGCCUGAUUUCAUAUUUCCCCUUUUCAUGUACACUUUAUAUAUACGUUAUUUAAACUAUAUUUUAAACCCUGGUAUAAUUUUAAGCAUUGUUCCUCAGAACAUUUGUAAAAGGAAAUAUUGCAGCUUGACCAGUGAGAUAAGCAUUUUGCCAGGAUCAUAUUGGUCCUGUCUAUUGGUGUGUUAUUUCAGUAUCACCAGUGUUUUCAGAAAUACAGUACCAAUUCAUAAUUAAACUCUUUCAAGUUAAUAGUUCUCUGCCUUCGAACUUCUAGACCCAACUAUGUAUCUGUAGUUUUUGGGAAUGAUUGGUGUUUUUUGGUUUGUAUUUGGAAGUUAUUGAGAAAACCUAUAUAAUAAAAUUUAAAAUUA